CUAAAACGCGCGACUAUUUGCGCCCAGCCUAGUCACCGAUCUUCUCCACACCACGAUGGCAUCGCAGAAGGGGGCGCACUACCACCAGGCACUCGCCCACGCCCUCACCGCCGGCGCAUGGUCCCACGCCGCGCCCGCCACCACGCCCCGUGCGGCGCCCCUCUCGUGGCCCGAGCUCGUCCGCAAGUGGGGCAAGCACACCCAGCACAACACCGCCCUCGUCCACCGCCUGCGGGACAUCUCCCUCCUCUACCUCGCCAGCACGGGCCGCCCCUCGCACUCCCGCCCCUUCCUUGCGCCCCCGCGCCCCGGCCCCCACCCGAGCCCGUCCCCGCCCGCCUCCGCCGAGAGCGAGUCCCCCACCGCCUCCUCCUUCGUCCACGUGCCCCGCCCCCAUCUCCGCCGCCGCCGCCCCGCAGACGACGCCCCCGCCGCCGCCCGCCCCGCCGCGUUCCUCAGCGCCGCCGACCUCGACGGCGACGACGCCCAGGACCAGCGCGCGUGGAGCGAGGGCGAGGCGUGGUGGGCCGCCGUCCCGCCCGACGAGACGAGCGACGGCGCCGGCGAGCUCGAGGCGCUGCUCGCCAGCGGGCACCUGCCGCCCGCCGAGCGCGAGUCCGCCAAGCUCGUCCUCGCAUACCACCUCCAUGCCGCCGGCGCACACGACGCGGCGCUGCGGCGCUACGACACCGUGGACUGGGCCACGGACGCCAGAGCAGGCGUCGUCGAGGGCGACGCGGCCGUCGUCGACAGGCUGCGCGCACGCUGUCUCCAGGGCCUCUGCCACGAGCUCUCGUCGACGCCCAGCCCCGCGCUCGCGCUCCAGGCCUACCUCGCCACCGUCCCGCUCUUCCACGCCCUCGCCGCGCCGUCCUUCGACGCCUGCCGCGAGGCCUGCCGCUUCCUCGCCACCGCCCUCUUCCGCGCCGCCAUCCUCGCCGCCCGCCAGCCCGCCGGCGCACGCGCACAGACCCUCGCCAUCCUCCGCACCUUUCACGCCUGCAGCGCGUCCUGGCCCGCCUCCUUCAGGCCCGUCCAGCGCCAAAAGAUGCUCGUCCUCUACCUCCGCGCUCUGCUCUCUCCCUCGCCCGCGCCGGCCCUCCCGAGACAGCAGUGGGAAAAGCAGGUAUCGCUCGCACUCACGAACGGCCAGGCCCUGCUCGAGCAGAGCACCACCUUCCCGCGAGCCGGCUCCGUCAACCACCCCGUCGUCCUCUUUGCCCAGCUCGCCGUCCAGCUCUACACCCUCCUCCCGCGCUCCCGCGCCCUUUCCGACCAGGUCGUCGGCCUCCUCUGGUGGGCGACCACACUCACCUUUCAGUCCCAGUCCAUCCUUCGCGCCCUUAUCCGCGUCCUGUCUGACAGAGAAGAAUACAGCGACGCUAAACGUGUGUUCGAGCUCUACGUCGGGCUCGUACUCAAGGCGCGGCAAACGGCCCAGCCCGAGAUCGCCCUCCAGCUCCAGCGCCGGCCGACAGACGACGAUGCCGCCCACCCCGCCGAGAUCCAACGCCAGGCAUCCCAAGCGACCCGCACCGCCGACCCGUCGCCCGAAGCAGAUGCGCUCGUGAGACAGGCAACGUCCGCAUCACACGAGGCGGAUGACGAUACCGAUUUCGUGCAGACCCUGUUGGCGGGAGCGAAAUUGCUGACGGAAGGGAUGAAUGAGCCGGAAGAAGCGUGGAGGUAUGCGUGUCUCGCUGGGGAUGUGGUCCAGGUCGGUAAGCUGGCACAUAACAAGGAGCUUGAGGCGAGCGUCGAGCAAGUCAAGGGGAUCGUUCGAAUGCUCAUGGCUCGGAACGUAACCCCGCACGAACGAGCAAACUACCAGUCCCAGUCCCUCAACCACCUCGCAUUCUCCACCACCAUCGCACCCACCCCCACAUCCCUCUACCACCUCGCACACGCCUACGCCCAGGCGCGAAAAAUCCCACAGGCGAUCGACGCCAUCCGCAAGAGUCUCGAGAUGGACGAGAAGAAUGUAGAGGCGUGGCAUCUUUUGGGUAUCUUGUUGACGAGUAUGCGGGAUUGGGAAGCGGCUAGAAAGGCGGUCGAGGCCGGGUGGAGAGUGUGGGAGGAGACGGACGAAAACGAACGGCGGAUGGAGGAGGGUGUGGAAGACGGUGCGGCGGCGCAAGAUUUGAUGGCCACAAGGCCUGAAAUCAGCUCGAAAGAUUUUGCUGCGCCUUUUACCGACACCGCCGCUUCGUCACCUCUCGUCCUUCCCACAGGUGCAUUCCCACCCCUCCCACCCCUGCCCGCGUCCCCGCCCACAUCCUCUUACAGACUCGCCCAGGUCAUCAGGCUGAGAAUGACGCUGAAUAUGAUUAUCGAAAAGACGAUGGGUUGCGAAGAGGCAAUGGUGAGGCAACAAGACUUGUUUGCAUUCUUCUCCGCCAGGUGUUCGCUCGCGGUAGCCAAUAGGCAGCCACAGUCCGGUGCUGCUGGUGGCGAGAAGAAAGAGGUGCCGGAUAGGGAAGAAGGGUUGGGUGAGAGUUUUGUGAAUAUCAAAGAACAGGAAAAAGAUUCACCGAUCCCGAUUACGGCCACCAGUCCCGACGGAAUACCUACUCUCGCGACCCCUAUCCCGCCUACACCCACAUCCCUCGACCCGGCGCCGCUCCCCACAGAGGUGCAGAUGAUCAACGAAAACACACUCACACCAUUCCGCAGCGUAUCCGAAAAGGGCCGACGACGCCGGUCUUUAUCUUUAUCGUUACGAUCCAAGAGUAGUAAACCCAAAAACCAACUAGGUGUUUUACCAGCACGUGGUGGUGGUGGUGGACGUACGGCGAGUCUACGCGGGGCAGUGUUAUCUGGAGAAAUGGAAAAGGCGACCGAUUACGGCGGCCUCCAACCAUUGGCACUCGUCGGUGCCAACCCGCGAGGCCGCACCGUCUCCCACUCCACCGCGCCCUCCAUCGUGCCCACAGCCAUUCACUCACACUACCGUUCCUCCCGCGCACGUCCCUUUCCCUCCCCUCCCCCCGCCCCGCCCCCGCCAUCCGCACCCUCCAAACCUUCACCCCUCGAUAACCGUUCCCCACAAGAAAAACGUAUCCUGAGCGAUCUAUGGCUCGCCUCGGCCGCGACGUUUAGGCGAUGGGGUAAGCUGGAGCAGUGCUUGGUGAGUGUGAUGGAAGCGGAGGGGCUGGAUCCUGGGAAUGAAGAUGUCUGGGUUCAGCUCGGGAUGUAUCAUGUCGCGAAUACGGCAAUGACAAUGUCUUCAAAAGCUUCAGCCGGAAAGGAGGAGGAGGAGGACGAUGACGGAGAAAAAGAACGAGUGUGGAAACCGGCGGAAGAAGCAUUUUCCAAAUCCCUCUUACUCAAAACCGACCAUCCACCAGCGCUCGUCAGUCUCGCCAAACUCUACCUCUCCACAAGCACUUUCCAAAACCUGUCGACCUCGACCCCGACGGACCACGCGCCAAAAAGGUACCAGGGUGCCGAUCUGGCUGAAUCGUUGCUCAACCCGUUCACACAGUCGAUCGGAUGGGAUAUCCCCGAAGCCUGGUACUUGCUCGGUCAUGUGGCGAGGGUGCAGGGGAGAGAGGAGAGAGCGAGAGAGUGUUGGGAGUUUGCGUUGGGAUUGGAGCAAGGGAGAGGAAUUAGGGAUUGGUCGUGUUUGAAGAGGUGGCUAUAGUUUCUUCUUCCUUCUUUCGUUCUAAAUUCAAAAACAGGUUUUCAAAGAUAUACAUGUGAUGGAAUAUGG